UUUGACUUGUGUCUCACCUGCUCUAUUCUUCUUCUACCAGCUCAAUUCGCACUUCAUUUUUUUUUUAUUCCAACUCGAUUCGCACUUCAGAGGACUGAGCGAUGGAGAGCGGCCCUGAUAUUGAUCGGACGGCUCUGAUCUUCCUGGGCACUGGAUGCUCCGGUUGUGUUCCCGAUGUCAGAUGCCUGAUCCAGCCCUCUGAUCCUCCAUGUCCCGUCUGUUCUCAGUCUCUCUCCCUUCCUCCUCAUCUGAACCCUAAUUACAGAUGCAAUACGUCGCUCCUGAUCGAUUAUUACAGCGAGAAGGACGGCAAACACAGCUAUGUAGUGAUUGAUGUCGGGAAGACAUUCAAGGAGCAAGUCCUUCGAUGGUUUACAUUCUAUAAGAUCCCUCGAGUUGAUUCUAUCAUUCUGAGUCACGAGCAUGCGGAUGCAGUUCAUGGCCUUGACGAUAUACGCUCUGUUCAACCACGGAGUUCAACCAAUAACACUGACACAAACCCAGUCUUCCUAACUCAAUUCACAAUGGAUAGCAUCGAGAGGAGGUUUCCUUAUUUGGUUCAAAAGAAGCUUAAAGAAGGUCAAGUACCGAGGCGGGUUUCACGGCUAGACUGGAGAAUAAUAGAAGAGGACUGCAGCAAACCGUUCACGGCUUCAGGCUUAUCUUUCGUCCCUUUACCGGUGAUGCAUGGAGAAGAUUAUGUUGCCUUAGGAUUCCUUUUCGGUGAGAAACGUAAAGUGGCUUACAUUUCUGAUGUAUCUCGCAUCCCUCCAAGCACAGAGUAUGUGAUCUCCAAAGCUGGGGCUGGACAAGUAGAUCUUCUUAUCUUGGACACAAACACAACUCAGAAGAAAUCAUCUCGAGCUACUCACAUAUGCUUCCCCGAGGCUCUUGAGAUUGUGAAGAGGGUUAGUCCGAAGCGAGCGUUUCUAACAGGGAUGACGCACGAGUAUGAUCACCAUGUGCACAACGACAUGCUCAUGGAAUGGUCUCAGCGGGAAGGAAUCCACGUCCAACUUGCCCGCGACGGAUUGAGGAUUCCGAUAGAUUUAUGAUUUCUGGGUAAUGAUGUUAACAGUAAGAGUGGUUGUAUUCAUCCAUAAACUUCAAACUCAUUGCUUUGGAACUUGUCGGAAGGUUUUCCUCUGUUUCCGGCGUUGAAUGGGAGGUGGAUCUCAGGGUUUUUGGAUUUCAAAAAAUG